AUGAUAGUCUGAAAUCUGAAUUCAACUGUUUAAGCAAAUUUGCAAAAAAGUAAAAAAAAAAAAAACCUCUGGAAUCUGAAGAAAUUCCACCAACGAAGAACCAGAGGAAGAAUUUUUUUUUUUAAAAUUUUUCUUAUCUGAAUCCAAUUCCUAUUUUUUACCUUUGGAUUUUUUUCAAGCUUGUUGCGUGAACUGUGAAUUUCAAGCUACUUUCUGAUCUAAUUUCUCUUGGCGCGGAAUUCGUUUCUCUGUAACUCUAUACGGUGGAAGAAAUGGCGAAGCGUGGAUAUAAGCUGCAGGAGUUUGUGGCUCAUUCAACCAAUGUAAACUGCCUAAAUAUUGGGAAAAAGGAGUGUCGACUGUUUAUCACAGGUGGUGAUGAUCACAAAGUCAAUCUUUGGGCAAUUGGAAAACCAACUUCUUUAAUGAGCCUCUGUGGUCAUACUAGCCCAGUUGAAUCUGUAGCCUUUGACACAGCAGAAGUUUUGGUUCUUGCUGGAGCUUCCAAUGGAGUGAUAAAGCUUUGGGAUUUGGAAGAAACAAAAAUGGUUCGCACUCUUACUGGACACAGAUCAAACUGCACUGCUGUUGAAUUUCAUCCAUUUGGUGAGUUCUUUGCAUCUGGUUCAACAGACACAAAUCUGAAGGUAUGGGAUAUCAGAAAGAAGGGAUGCAUUCAUACAUACAAGGGUCAUACUCAAGGCAUUAGUACUAUUAGAUUCACCCCUGAUGGUCGCUGGGUAGUUUCUGGUGGACUUGACAAUGUUGUAAAGGUGUGGGAUCUUACUGCUGGAAAGCUUUUACAUGAUUUUAUGUUCCAUGAAGGACAUAUUAGAUCCAUAGAUUUCCAUCCCCUUGAAUUUCUCCUGGCCACAGGUUCAGCAGACAGAACUGUGAAAUUCUGGGACUUGGAAACUUUUGAAUUGAUUGGAUCUGCCAGACUUGAGGCCACUGGAGUACGCUCAAUUACCUUUCAUCCUGAUGGGAGGACACUUUUUUGUGGAUUAGAUGAUUCUUUGAAGGUUUAUUCUUGGGAGCCUGUAAUUUGCCAUGAUGCUGUUGAUAUAGGGUGGUCGACACUUGGUGACCUCUGCAUUAAUGAAGGAAGACUUUUGGGUUGCUCGUAUUAUCGAAAUUCUGUGGCAGUUUGGGUAGCUGAUAUAUCGCUUAUUGAGCCAUAUGGAGUUGGUUUUGAACUGGAAGAAAUUGAUUGCACAAAGAAAAAAUUUAAUAUCCCAAAAUGUGUUUCUCCAGACAAAGCAAGGAAUGGAGUAAGAUCGACUUCAGAUUUACACUCUGUAUACCCUGAUUAUGAGAUCAAAGAAAUAAAGAACAUAUAUGUAGACCCUACCAGUGGAAAUACUUUUUCUUCACAAAAAGUUGGGUCUUUGAGCUCACCAAAAAUGGCCCUCCCAUUGGAUACCAAGGAGAUGGAUAACCGACCAACAGAGAAGAGAAGUCCCAUAACAGAAGUGAAUGGAAAAGCUGGUGGGGAAGCACUUGAUAAAUCUUUUGUUGUGCCCACCGUUGUACCUCGGGACAGUGUCAUUGAAAAGAACUCUUCCAACUCCGGAAGGGAAACAGUCACAUUUUCAAGGACAAAACCUGGCAUGUUACUCAGGCCAGCUCACAUACGGAGGCCAUCAAAUAGCAAGAACGAUGCUGAGAAGCUGUCAGUAGCUCUUGAAUCUGAAAGUUUUAGCAAUGUGACAAAUGAGAAAGAAAGUGCAAUGGAUCUAAAGUUGCAAUUUCUGAGUGUAUCAGAAGAUGGGGCACGGAAAUCCGGUGAGGAGAAAAAUUCUACUAUCAAGAGUGUUGCAGAUAAGUUUGAAAAAAUUUUAUCACCGGAAACACCCACUAGUCGGGAAAAUCGGGAUGAAUCCAUUAAUAGCAAUAGAGGGAUCCCCUCUGUUAAAAUUGUCAAUGGAGUUGCUGUGGUAGCAGGCAGGACACGCUCUCUGGUUGAGAGGUUUGAAAGACGAGAGAAAUUCAACAAUGAAGAUCAAUCAAUAAAUAUGGCUUCUCAAAUUGUGCACGAAACAAAUAGGAUGGCCACCAAAUCAAAUAAUAUCAACCCUGGUGCUACACAUGAAAGUGAUCGAAAAUCUCCCACAUCUAUGGAUAUGACCCCUCUUGUUAUACCCGAAAUUGACAGAAAACCUCCUCCAGCAACUAAUGUGAACCCUCGUGUUAUACCAGAAACUGAUUGGAAACCUCGCACGGCAACUAAUAUGACCCCUCUUGUUAUACCUGAAACCUAUAGAAAGCCUCCCACAGCAACCAAUAUGAACCCUCGUGUUAUACCUGAAACUGAUAGAAAACCUCCCACAGCAAUUAGUAUGCCCCCUCGUGUUAUACCUGAAACCAAAAACAUGACCGCCAUAGCAACUAGUGUGAUUACUGGUAGUAUGGCUGAAAUGGGUAGUGUGCCCAUUAGAGCAACUGCUGUGACCCCUCGUGUUAUACGUGAAAUGGAUAGAACACCCACCACAACAACUGAUGUGAAUCCUCGAGUGAUACCUGAAACAGAUAGAUCACCUUCCAUGGCAACUGACAUGACUCUUCGCACUGUAUGUGAAAUGGAUAGAACACCACCAAUGCUGGAGGAGCCUCAGAUUUCUGGCAGGGACACGAAUUCUUCUAAAUUUGGGGAUAUAAGUGAAGAUUUGAUGCAAACUCAUGAUGUAUUUUUAAGUACACUUAAAUCCCGCUUGACAAAAUUACAGGUAGUUCGGCAUUUUUGGGAACGGAAUGACAUUAAGGGUGCUAUCAAUGCUCUGAGAAAACUUCCAGAUCAUUUUGUGCAAGCAGAUGUAAUCAGUAUCCUCAUGGAGAAAAUGGAGAUUCUUACCUUAGACCUAUUUUCUUGCUUGCUUCCUGUGCUUGUGGGCUUACUGGAUAGCAAGAUGGAAAGGCACACAAGUGUCUCAUUGGAGAUGCUACUGAAGCUUGUAGCAGUCUUUGGUCCAGUAGUACGCUCAACCGUUUCAGCUCCUCCAGCCGUCGGUGUUGAUCUUCAUGCAGAGCAAAGGCUUGAAUGCUGUAAGCGCUGCUCUGUCCAGCUGCAAAAGAUCCAGCAAAAUCUUCCAGCAGUUAUUAGGAAAGGUGGAAUGGUGGCAAAAUCUGCUCUGGAAUUAAAUCUAGUUCUUCAAGAAUCCUAGCCGAAGCCUGCCAUGCCACCAUGUAAAGUCAAUUUCUGCUUUUUAAGUGUGGGAGUUCGGCUCAGCCGAUACCCCACCUCGCAGUUUUGUUUUGCUUCCUGCGAACCGGAGUUCUGCAAAUUGGUAGUCUUACGAGACAAAUAUUAUCAGAGCAGUUCCUUUACAUGCCACUGUCAUGGCAUGAUGGUGGAAGACACUCAUUUGUUAAUACCACGGUCCUUCUGGCAGUACCUCGAUGAUUUUCACUGUAAGUCUUUAAUUCUAGGUAUUGUUCUGUAUUUUGUGUUUUAGUGUUCAAAUUAAUGUAAUUAUGUGGCAAUUUUUUGUGUAGCGUAUACUUACAUUCGUCAUAUUCAAUGAAAUGCAUAGAUUUCUUCA